AUGUGGGAAUUACUGAAGUGGACUUAUGAGGUGUGUAUGAACUGCAGGCCAUGUCUGUACUGCCAAAUCAAAGGGGAAGCUUUACCAGACCUGUCCAAUGGAUAUCCUGUGGGAAUCGCGACCUCAGACUCCGUCGAGGCUCCUGAAGAGGCGGGAGAGAGUGCGGAUGACGACGUAAUGGUUGAGUUGAAAUUCGUCCCAGAUGACUCAAGCUGUUUGCAACGACUUUUCACAGUCAUGAGCGAAAUGGCAGCGCUGCAUCCGGACCCCGACUCAGGUGCCUUAGAUGGGGACGAAGACGAGCUAUUUGACGAGGCAACCCUCCGUCAACAGGGCUGGGAAUUUGUUGAAAAUGACGGCGAUGAUGUAGGGGAAGAUGGUGGUGUUGAUGCCUGA